AUGUCCUCUGCGUACAACACUCCCGUUCCCCUUCAAAGCGUUGCUCCAAAAGGCCGUGAUGUGGCCUUGUCGUUGCCCAAGGGUAAUACGGGCAAGAGUCAAGUACCACUGAGCACUCACCUAGUCGCGGGCGGUACAGCUGGCCUUGCGGAGGCCCUCGUCUGUCACCCGCUAGAUACCGUCAAGGUUCGCAUACAACUGUCCAAAGCGCAAGUUGCUGCCCGAUCCCGAUCCAACGGAUUUUUUGCUACAGGUCGACACAUCAUCUCCCAGGAAGGUCCCCUGAGUCUGUAUAGAGGCCUCGGUGCUGUCGUCAGCGGCAUCGUGCCCAAGAUGGCUAUUCGGUUUGCAAGUUUUGAAGUGUUCAAGUCCUGGCUGUCACAGCCUGACGGCAGCAUCUCGCCCCAGGCAACGUUUCUUGCCGGUCUGGGCGCGGGCGCUAUGGAGGCUGUAGCAGUGGUGACGCCCAUGGAAGUCGUCAAGAUAAGACUUCAAGCCCAGCAUCAGCCUGUCCUGGCCGGUCCAAUGGGCGCCAUGGGAUCCCCUCGAUAUCGAAAUGCCGCCCACGCUGCCUACACCAUCGUUCACCAAGAAGGUCUCGCUACCUUCUACCGCGGUGUCUCUCUGACGGCCUUGCGCCAAGCGACCAAUCAAGGUGUCAACUUUACGGCCUACCAGCAGUUCAAGAGGUGGGCGUUGGACUUGCAGCCUCAGCAUGCAGAGCGGGGUUUGCCUAGUUGGCAGACCAUGUCGUUGGGGCUGGUCAGCGGUGCUAUGGGACCAUUUUCGAAUGCGCCGAUAGACACUAUCAAAACUCGUAUACAAAAGGCGACCAAGGUCAAAGGCGAGACUGCCCGUUCGCGGAUGAUCAAAGUGACCUCUGAAAUGUUCAAGCACGAGGGUGUCAAGGCGUUCUACAAGGGCAUCACUCCUCGUGUUCUUCGAGUCGCUCCGGGGCAGGCCAUCGUUUUCACCGUUUAUGAGCGCGUCAAGAAGCUCAUUGACUAA